AUGACUGCCAGAUCUCGCUCUCCAGUAUUUGGCGACGUUACCAGUAUCAACCUUAAUCGUCUGCUCUCGAGGCUAGAGCGCAUAGUAUUGGCAGAUCCGUCACCAGAGCUACGAAAGUCCAGUUAUGAGCGGGCACGCGUAAGCGCAAAUAUCGAACAUGCGCGCACGUUACUCCUCAACCUUGAGCACUCGGCCUCGACAAUACCCUCCAAGUCCAAGAAAUCCGAGCUACAAACCGAUCUGCAGCAAAAACGCGAGCUCAUAAAGCAACUAAAUCAGCGGAUAUACGAAUUGAACCAGCUAGAUGAUACAGAGUCGGAUGGGUCUGUAGAUUCCGAUCAAGAAGACGCAGAUGAAUUUCCUUCAUAUGCGCCAAGAGUGAAGACAGAGGCUGGACGGGAUAUCACAACGUCAGGAGGAAACAACGAAGCACUCCAAAAUGCUGCGCAGGGAUUGGCGUCAGAACUGCGGCGGAGAGGCAAGCCAGAGGCUGACGGAGCCGAGUCUGGGGCACAAGCAGCAUCUGGCAAUUCUCUUUUCCCUUCGAAACCCACAACGACGACAGGCGACCCAACCCAUGCGCAGACAGAGGCUCUCCUAUCGUACCAAAGGAAUGAACAGGAAACGCUCACAACAAGCCUCCUCGAUAUGGCCAAGCUGUUGAAGCAACAAUCGAUAAAUUUUUCAAACACGCUCGAGGGCGACAAGAGUGUGGUAGAUCGAGCAUUGGCUGGGCUAGACAAGAACACGUUGAAUAUGGAUGCUGCUAGUAGGAGGAUGGGCACGCUGCGGAAGAUGACUGAAGGCAAGGGUUGGUGGGAUAGAAUGAGGCUCUAUGGCAUGAUUGCUGGCCUAUGGUUGAUCGCAUUCCUAAUUGUAUUCGUAGGGCCCAAGGUCCCUCUCAACCACUCCUCUGCGGAUGCGGAAGCUGAAUAUGACCGCCUUCGCGACCUUGCCCGCCAAGAAGCCGCCAAACGCUCCUCAUGUUUCGACCGUGCGCACCAAGCGUACGAGUCCGGCGAUGGCGCUGCCGCCCACGAGCUCUCACAGGAAGGAAAGAAGCACGCGGAAAAGAUGGAGCAAUACAACCGCCAGGCACGCGACUUCAUCUUCCGGGAAAACAAUGCCGAAGGGCGCGUUGACAGCGACACAAUUGACCUUCACGGUCUCUUCGUAGAAGAAGCAGAGGACGUGCUCGAGGAAAGAAUCAAGGUCGCCAGACAACAAGGCCAGACCCACCUACACGUCAUCGUCGGCAAGGGCAACCACAGCAAGAACCACGUGCAAAAGAUCAAACCGCGAGUCGAGCAAGUAUGCCGCGAGCUGGGGCUGCAGUACCGCACCGAGGAAAACGAAGGUAGAAUCUUCGUCAACCUCCAGGGCGGCAGCGUCGACGAAAUGCCCCCGCCUCCGCAUGCGCCCUCGGCUGGAUACCCCGGACACCAGCAGCACCACGGUGGUGCCCCGCCCCAACACCAUGGCGGUCAACACCAGCAACAGCAUGAUCAGCAGCAAAACCAAAACGACGAGAUCGAGCAGAUGGUCAAGAAGGGGCUACCCAAGUUGCUCAAGAUGCUCAAGUGCUGUACUGUUAUGUAA